AUGGCGACAAAAACAAUUCCUACACGCGCCCACGGGAAACCAGCGCCUACUGGUAUUCCCAACCAAACACUAUAUUGUACCAACCUACCAGACAAGCUUCGAAAGCAUGACCUCCGACUUUCGCUUUACACCCUUUUUUCGACCUACGGCACAGUUCUUGACGUUGUGGCUAUGAAAACCGACAAGAUGCGCGGACAAGCUCAUAUUGUUUUUAAGGAUGUUCAAGCAAGUACACAAGCGAUGCGUUCCCUUCAAGGGUUUGAGUUUUUUGGAAAGCCUAUGAAAAUUGUCUACGCCAAAGGCACAUCCGAUGUCAUCGCCAGGCUUCGUGGAACGUAUAACGCACCCGCGGGUGCUCUAGGACAAGCUCCAGCGGCAUCUACCGAUCUUCAAAAGUCGAUUUUUAGCGGACCUCCAGGGUCAACGGCGUUGCCGCCAAGGCCUGCCGGAGAUGUCAACGGAACAGCCCAGGGAGUCAAGCGGCCUCGUGAGGAGGAGAGUGAUGAAGAAGAAGCACCGAUGGAGGAGGAUAGUGAUGUACCAAUGGAGGCUUCAUCCGAUGAAGACUAA